AUGGGCAGUGCCACCUGCUUUCUAUUCUCGAUACAUGCCUGUAUAUCGUCCGUCAUUGCCUUGACGACCGAUCCAAGUGGCCCUGUUCUACCUGUCAGAACUGCUGCCGAAAUAGUGAAGAAUACAUUGGCCCGACAGAGCGGAAAUACAGAUGCACUUACUCUUAAAAUUUAGUUUUGAAAGUUUAGCACUCUUCAACUCGAAAUUUGUUUAGUUUCGCCUAAAACCAGGCCUGAGUCGGUCACGACAAGAUGGUCCAGCAACGGAGCAAGACGAGUCGCUCGCUGGCGGUCAGCGAAAAUGGAAGCGAAGGUGCCGGCAGUAAAGAUUCUGACCAGGUCCACUGCGUGGUGCUCCAUGUGGCCGAAGCCAUUAACUUCUUGGGUCGUGAGGCCAGCGAGCAGAGAGAUCAGAUCGUGAUGAACGCCGCCCUCAACACAGUGGACUUCGAUGUGGAGGGCUCACAAUCGGCGGUCAACGGGCCUAUCGUCUUCAACAGCAAUUGCAUUUGGGAGUGCGAUCUGGCCGGGAUUAAGCGCAUCAAGACGGACCACCGUCCCGUCAAGCUCACAUUCACAGCUUGUAGCGGUGCCGGUGGGGUUGAGCGGAAAACUAUUGGUAGCCUGCUUCUGCCACUGCGAGGACUUCCGGUACUCAGCACCACAGGCAGCCACAACAGUUCCCAUUUGAAAAUGAUUUGGCACAAGCUCAUCUGCAUUAGCAGCGAGUUCCGGUCCCAGAAGCCGGAGGUGCUGCUAGUCCUGGCCAUCAUCAAAAAGUCCAUAUUGCACACGAAGGACUUUGACCAUAUCAUGCAGUUCCCAGACCAAAAAGUGCCGCCCACGACGCCCCUGAAGUCGCCCGGUCACUCGAUCACAGCCAGCAUGCUCCAGUCGCAGGCCAACAUCUACGUGCAGUCGUUGAUGCAACUAGGCCUGCUGCAGGUGGGCAACGAUCCGCUUAUCGACUGCGACAUCAUCGAGGUGGUACUGCAACUGAAGCAGCUGAAGAAGGUGAACCGGCUGGUGAAGUGGCUCAAUCAGGGCAAGGAGCCCAGCUCGGUGGUCGUGAUGUUCGACUUUGUGGGCAACGUUACCAACAUCGAGUUGAAGCUAAACGACUCCGACUCAUACGUGGUCAACGACGUACUGGGGCUGCGCUUCAAGACCUCCUUACGCAGCAUGCGGUUAUACUUUCAACGCAUUUUUUAUUUGCCCUUUAACAUGUACAUGAACGGCACGGCUAUAGCCAAUUACCGCAUGGACUUCAACAACCUGUUGCCACCGGACAGCCACUUCAAAGAUCAUAUGGAGUAUUCCAGCAACGGAUCAUUCCAGUUCAAUCGAAUUGGACGACAGGACAGCGCCAGGGAUCCCAAGCCUCCAAUUAUGGACUACAGCUUUACCGUGGAAAUCAAGAACAAACACGCGCUCCAGGAGCAGGUAGAGCCUGAACCAGUGCCAUCGAAAGCAAGUGGAGUCAUCAGGGAGCUGCCCACGAAUCGACAGGAUACGGAAGCGAUUUCCCUGUCUCAUGGGCAAAGUAACUACUCAGCAGCAAGCCUGAAUAUGGGUGCAGAUAUAUCACUCUCAGGGGAAUCCCGCGGCUCAUUUUCAAUUCAAGAAGAUGAUUACGAUUUUGAUACUCCGACAGAUCAUUCUGGGACGCAUAACAAGCGCCGAAAGUUCACUCGAUUGCCAGUCGAGGAACUCAAUCUUGAAAGCGAUGAUGAACGGUGUCUGGAAACUAAGUUUUCCGAGCUGGUAUGUGAGGAACUGAAAGGCGAUUUCGCUGCUCAUGAAAAUGUGGAAAUGGAAGAGGAGGAGUAUUACAAUCGUAGGGGUAAAAAAUGUGUACCGAGUUCCGGUGAAGAGACUCUGGAAGCCAGGGCUUCCAGAAGUUCUAAAUUGAAUUCUGGCUCCGAGGAACCUCUGCUUCGCAAAAAACUAAAGGUAAAGACCAAGGUAUCCAAACAGACUGUCGGGGAACCAUCGCAACCAAGAUUAAUGGCUGACGAAGUGACAUCCUUGCAAGAGUUUGAGUUGGAUGAAAUGAGAUUAGCAGAGGAAAAUAGAAUGGAAUUUGCAAACAGAAGCAGGAUUAAGUCAGGUCAAAGUCUCAAAUAUGCAAACUCCCAAGUGGAGGAACAAGAAUUUGAGAACUUUAGUGAAUCGACAUCCUUGCAACAAUUUGAACUGGAAGAAAAGAGACUUGUGGAAGAAGAAAAAAUUAAGUCUUCUAUAAAGCAAAGAAUCAAUAAAUGUAGUAACGAAAAUGUACCAGCACUUACCAAUCAUAAAGUAAAAAAAUCAAAAAGGGUAAGCAAGGAAGCAAUUGUAAUGGAUUCCAACGAGCUGGAACUCAAUAAAACAUUAAUAGCAUCUUCAAGCGAAUGCAUCGCAGAGACAAAGGUACGCAAAAAAUAUGUGAAGAAGGUUCUGAAAACAAAGCCCAAGGAGGAUAUUGGCUUACCCCAGGAUAGUUCUGUUAAUCUCCGAAACUCAGAACCUUUAGCAGUAACCGAUAUAAGAGAAGACACGUUCGACUUUGCAGAGGAUAACGAGCAGAUGCCGUCCUCCAGUGAGAAGUUAUGCAAGAAAGCAAAAACGUUAAAGAUUUUUAAAAUACAUUCGAGUGUUGAAUCAGUUGACUUAACUGACCAGAAUGUCCAAGGCCAGCGUAAACUGAAGUCCAAGACAUUGAUGCAUGAAGAUCUAUCCGAUAUAUCUCUAAGUACCCAGGGUACUCACGGUAAAGCGAAGACUUCUGAUCUGGCAUUGCGAGCCCGCUGGGUUGAAGUGAAUAAGGUGCAGUCGGCUGCCUUGGAGGAAACAGAAUUGUAUAUAGAGCAGACCUGCCAGACCGAGCUGAACCAGAUCCUGUACGAAGAUCAGCUUGUACGCGGCCUGGCAAAGCCUUUGAGCCCCAAAAAUAAACUUCGUAUUGAUACAGAAACCGAGAUGAUGCGCCAGUCUCACGGAAAUCUAGGCAGGAAAAAGAAACGAGCUUUGCCGGCAAAUAAUCACGCUGAAUUCAAGAGCUCCGAAGAAUAUUUCUCACUGCCGGAAAGCCUUUCAAAAUCCGAAGAGGUGAUCGAGCCUGAAAUCAAGCCGCAGCCAGUGCGAGUACUGAAAAAGAAGAAACUUAAACAAACUAAAGUCGAAGAAGCGCCACCGGUUGAACUUAACGAAAGUCCAGAAGAUCAAGUUGUUAGGCCCAUCAAAAAAAAGGUUAUCAGGAAAAAACUAUCGGUCGUUGUAAAAAAUAAAGAGCAUUUAGAGAAUGUAGAGCCCCAGGAGGAUCUGGCUAGUGCUCAGACAAAGAAAAUAAUUAAAAGAUCCAAACCAGAGGAUGAUCAAAGUAACUAAGAAGGUACCCUCCAGAAGUUCACGAAAAACACCAAGGGUUCGCCCUCCUUGGAUGAUUUUGAAAUGGAUAACUCCGCGGACACGGAGACAGUUGGCCAGAGGAUCAAAUCCUGGCGGAAACAGCAAAUAGAGCGAUUUGAAGAUGAGCUAGCCCGCAAAGAGGAACACUAUAAGGCCCAGUUGGAGGAAAUGGAAUACCAAGAACUUAGGAUCCUUCACCAAAACCAAGAUGAUUCCGCUGAGGAUGAGGUUCAAGCUGACAACACUGUGGAUUACCAGGCCAAGUUCAAUGAGCUAGAGCAGCACAUUUCCCAGCUGAAAGCGGAAAUGGAACAGCAGGUAAUGCUCUUCGAAAGUCGCAGCUUGGAGCUUCGCGAGGAGAACCUGCAGCUGGCAAAUGAAAAGGUAGAGCUAAAGGCUCGCAUUGCGAACAUGGAGGAGCAGAUCAGUCAACUUCGCACCCAGGGCUCCGAUGAAGCGGAUCUUAAAGAGGUCAUCGGCGAGCUGAAAUCCCAGAAUAGUUGGUAUUUGAAUGUGGCCCGCCAGAAGGAUCGGUACAAGAAGCAGUGGCGACGCUGUGCCCGGCGAGUCCAUGCCCUCAAACUGGCCAUGUAUGAGAAGAGCGCACAGAGCCAAUUGGAAGAGAACACUAUUAACCUGAGAGAAAUCCUGACCAAAGACGCCUUGACCUUUGAGCAGGAGUAUGGACCGUUCCGCCGCUGUGACACAUCUGACAAUUUAUCUUUCACCUCGUUAUCCGGCUCGGGAGACGCCCCUGAUACGGCUCAUAUACCUACCCCGCAGUCUAUCUCUCAUUCCAUCUCCCAGUCCAUCGCCGACUCUAUCUCCGAGUCUAUCUUUCAGUGCAGCUUCCAGUCUGGCUCUUUGUCUGGCACCCAGUUUGGCUCCCAGUCUGGCUCCCAGUGUAGCUCCCAGUGCAGCACCCAAUCUGGCUCCCAGACCAUUCCCCAGGACAACUAGCCUCUAAUCCCUUUGAUUUUACCAAAUUAACUGUGAGCAUUUUGUACUCUAUUUAAGUUCUUUAUUUUGUUCGUUUAAUGAUCUGAAAAUAAUAAAUGGUACAAAUAA